AGGUUUUCAAAUUCCUAGGCUUUAAUCGCACUGCCUACACAGUGAAUCUCCAUCCUCUCGUUCCUCUUCUUCCCCGUAUUGUUACAAAACUAGGGUGUCGGCUUGCGAUCUUCCACAAAAUUCGAUUAUACCUAGAAUCCUCGUGCUCCUCUUACUAUUAUUCACAACCAACUAGAUCCCGCAAUUCCAAUACUCUAUCCAUUUAUCGUUUGAUUAUACAAUUGCCACCAACAGCUUUGCAGAUGCAUAAUGGCCAUUUGCCGUCUUAUAUCUGGUGCUAUAUAUCUUCUUAGGAUGGUCCGUUGAUACAUCUUUAUGGGUUAUCUGAGUAGGUUGUUCUGAAGUUUCCUCAGUUUUUUGAUGGGUGCACCUAAGCAGAAGUGGACUUCAGAAGAAGAAGCUGCUCUUAAAGCUGGGAUACUUAAGCACGGGCCAGGUAAAUGGCGCACGAUUCUCAAGGAUCCAGAAUUUAGUGGAGUAUUGUGUUUGCGUUCAAAUGUAGAUCUCAAGGACAAGUGGAGGAACAUGACUGUGAUGGCAAAUGGUUGGGGUUCGCGAGAGCAAGGAAGGUUGUCUGUCAAAAGGAUGAAGGCCCCUAAACAGGAUGGGAGUCCUGUGACUGAUACGACUGCUGCUGAAAGUGAUGAGGAAGCUGCUGAAGCGAGGCCAGCCGCAACUUCUAGUGGUUCUCCUCAGAUACAUGGUUCAAAAAGAUCUAUGAUAAGGUUGGAUAAUCUUAUAAUGGAGGCUAUAAGCAGCUUGAAGGAGCCAGGUGGUUCCAACAAGACUACAAUAGCUGAAUACAUAGAGGACCAAUACUGGGCGCCUCCAAACUUUAAAAGGCUACUGUCAGGGAAACUGAAGUACUUAACUGCAACAGGAAAACUUAUCAAGAUGAAGCGUAAGUAUAAAAUAGUACCUACGUCGACACCAUCCGACAGUAGAAGAAACCCGUCCAUUACACUUUUGGACAGCAGGCAGAGGAUCUUCUCCAAGAUUGAUCGGGAUGAUACGAACGUGUUUAGUACAUCUCAGAUAGAUUUAGAGCUAGCUAAAAUGAGGAACAUGACACCUCAAGAGGCUGCAGCUGCUGCUGCACAAGCAGUUGCUGAAGCAGAAGCAGCCAUAGCUGAUGCUGAGGAGGCUGAUAGGGAGGCUGAGGCUGCUGAAGCUGAUGCUGAAGCUGCAGAAGCCUUUUCAGUAGCUGCAAAGAAGACACUACAUGGGAGAAGUGCCCCAAGGAUGAGAGAACUACUUCACCUAGCUCUGGAUAGUACAAUUGCACCACCCUGCACUGGCUUGAGGAAUUGGAAGUUGUAGGCUCUGCAUACUCAUCUUCCUUUAUUCUAAUUUUGCAUUAGAGAGAUUUCUAAGCUCUCAAUGUUGUGUUUGCUAUGAGAUUUUUUCUUUUUACUCUUUUGGGGGUUUGGGGGGAGGGUGGGUUCCUUUUGGUAGCUGAUUCAUUUGGGAUUCUUCUUUUUAUUGGGGGUGAGGGUGCGGGGUAAGAGAUAGGAGGCGAGUUGCCACGAAGGGCCUGAAGCAAAUCCUCCAGUAUCUCUGAUAAUCUUGUUGGUUACAGCAGGUUGUGUCAAAAGUGUACCGAUUGAAAAGUUGGAAUGAUAAAUCACUUCACAUCAAUGCUUCAAUGGUGUUCAAUGAGAGCAAGAAAAGCCAGACAAGUAUUGAUAUGUUUGUAUUUAUCUGCUUUCUAGUUGAUUAGGUGGUUACUACUACCUAUGUACAUUAGGUGCUUUACAGAGUUUAUGGAAUUUACCUAAGAUGUUUACACUGUCUCGACGCAACUUGAUUAUCCUCGCUGAUGUACAAUGUCCAAAGCCUGCUAUGCUAUUAUUCCUUGGUUCUUUUUC